AUGGCAAUGAUAUUGCUAGAUCUGUUUCUCGCCGUGCGGCACUACACCCGCCCGAGGACAACCAUCGUCAAACUCCAGGUCCUGCAGAUUGUCCCUUGCUAUAUACAAUUCGUCGAGGAGUUUGUCAUAAUUCAGGAUGCAUUGCUGCGAUUGGCAAAGUCAUUCCAGAAAGAUCUUAACGAGAUUGCAGAGAAAGUGGUAGCUUCUAAUCAACGAUGGUAUAAGUUCAUAUCGACAGAGACCAUAUGCUCCUUGCGCCACCACAAUAAUUGCUGUAUCUCUUCAAGCUUAUCAGUUGAUGUGAAAGAUACAGGUGACUCAUGGGAGCAGCAUUUUGACAAAAUUUCUAUCGAGGAGAGGAGCAAAUUUGAUGAAGAAACCCUCUACAACUUGGAGGGAAUCAAGAGAAAGAAAAGGUACUCUAGAAAACCAGACGGCUUCAGAAAUGAGUACAUAGUGUUAACCAUUCUGGUUGCUGCCGAUGGAGCUCUGAAGUUCCCUGAAGUCAGAAACUACGCAGAUCUGGAAGCAGCUGUGGAAACGCUCAUCUCUAUACCCGCGAGGCGAAUUCAGGGCAUUCAAGUCUUAUGGACUCCUCAAGAUGAGGACGACGUUCUUUUGGAAGAGAAGCUACUGGAGGAUUAUCCUUAUCUGAAACCCUUGUGUAUGACUACAGUAUUUUUUUCCCGGUGUUCCUGGAGGUCGUCGUACGGGCAGAUAUAGGUUUUGGUAGCUGAUUGAUUGUUUUGUGCCGACCUUUAAAAGUUUGUGGCUGCUGAUUCGCGGGGUACACCGUGCAGCCGGAGCUGCUACCUUACAUCAUUGCAGAUUAGUUGAUUUGAACUUACAAAAUGAAGUUGUAUGAAUGGAUAUUUAUAAACUACAAUAGGGAAAUACCAAGGACAAUUGACUGUUUUCUGUUCU